AAGAAAAUGAUAUACUAAAUGUCAGUUGACGGGUUUGAAAUGUGUGUUUGUUUAUUUUUGUAACUAGUAGAAUACCGCCACUUUUGGAAAAAAAAUGUUAACAUAAAUAUUACAAUGGACGAAAUAAAAUUACUUAAGAGAAAAAGAAAGGCCCAAAGUGAAGGAAACAAUAGACAGCUGAUCUCAAUUUGUACAGAUUUAUCCGAAUUAUAUAUUAAAAGUGGACAAUAUGAACAAGCAAUUGAGGAAUAUAAACGAUUAGCCGAUAUAUACAAAUCAGAACGUAACCAAAUCGAGUAUGCAAAAGCAAAUAGAGCUAUUGGAGAAGCUUAUUUGGGUUUGAAUAAUUAUAAAAAGGCUCUAGAGCAUCAAAAGUUACAUUUGGAAAUCGCCAUAUCAGAAAAGAAUGAUAUAGAAAUUCAAAGAGCAUAUGCUACAAUUGGACAUAUAUAUUUAACAACUUAUUUAGAAACUCAAGUGGAUCCACAACAAAAUUUAAAUGCAGCUUAUAAAUAUUUUAUGAAAAGCAUGAAAUUAUGUGACAGUUUACAGGGCAUAACUAAAUUAGAAAAAGCUGAUAUGCAGGCUAGAUUGUUGUCAAAUCUUGGUUUGGUUAAGGACAGUUUGGGAGACUAUAAUAAAGCAGUGGAAUUAUUUACUACUUCUAUUAAUAUCUGUAAAAGUAAUGAUAUUUAUGAACAGUUGUAUCGAGGCUACAUGUUGAUAGCUUCAUUGUUUGAUAAGAAAGGUGACAGUGGCAAAGCUAUGCAUCAUUACAACCUGGCAAUUGAUGCUGCAAAAAAACUGAAAGGAUGCGUUGAUCUAAUGUGCACAGCUUUACUCUCAAAAUCCGAGGCUUUAAUAAAACUAGAGGACUUUCAUACGGCCAAGAAAACUCUUUAUAAAGCUUACAAACUCAAUAGUCCUAAUAUUCAAGAAAGAGCUAUAAUUGAACGAUUUUUAAAAACUGUUGUCAUCAUGUGCCAAACCGAAGACAAGCUGGUAAUUGAAACCAACGAUAACAAAGAAUUGAAAAAACUGUACGAAAAAAUGGGCGAUUGUGCUUGCAAUUUUAAAAAUUAUUCAAAGGCUUUGGAAUACUACAAAUUGAUGUUAACGUACGCUGAAAAAUCCGGUAUAAGCGGCCGGGAAUUAGCUUCUUGCUAUUACAGUUUAGCCGAAACCUACAAAGACAACAAAAUGUACGAAGAAGCCGUGAAAUAUUUCGAAAAAGAAUACGCGUUAUGCACGAAACUUCAAGAUAAUCUAAACACUUUAAGUAAAAUAGCCGAUACAAAGGAAGCAGGGGGAUUUUCGAUCGAAGAAGUUAAAGCCGUUUAUAAUACAGCUAUAAUUAAUUGCAGAAACAAUAAUAACUCGAAAGAGGAAAGAAGAAUGAUUAUGAGAUGUAUCGCUUAUCUAAAUAGGGUUAAAAGUGAACAGGAUCUUCAACAAUUCAAGCAACAAUUAAAUUCGUUACCGCCGUGCGAAGCACUAUCUUCAUCGUCUGAUAGCGACAGCGAAGCGUCUGAUAAAGAAAAUAUUGAUUUGAGUAACAUUACAGACAUUUCCGAUAACUCAGACGUCGAACAAAACCCAUCGGUCAAUGAUGCUCAAGUCGUCGCCGUAGGCAAACGCAGAUCUAAAACUUUCGCGGUGAAGAAAAACGCCAAGGGGGAAUCACAGUUGCACGUGGCUUGCAUCAACGGGAAAGUCCCGGUGGUUAAACAUCUUUUGGAACAAGGCCAUCCCGUGAACGUGCGGGACAAUACGGGAUGGUUGCCCUUACACGAGGCUUGCAACCAUGGAUAUUACGAGAUCGUCGAGCUGCUGUUGGACAAGGGGGCCGCCAUCAACGAUAGAGGCGGCGUAAAAUGCGAAGGCAUCACACCGAUAUACGACGCAGCGAACAACGGACACAUACGCAUCGUCCAGCUGUUGCUAGACAGAGGAGCAUCCGUUACCAUCAAAGCAGACAACGGCGAUACACCUUUAAAUGUACUGAAAUGCUGCCACCAGAAAUAUCCCUUCGUCGGCGAAGAAUUCGACAUUUACCGAACGGUCGUCGAUAGAAUGUCCGAAGCUUUAAAAAAAGCCGGUCAGAACGUCUCAGAGACUGUCGUAGUUCACGACCGAAUUGAAGAGUGGUCCGAAGAGUAUCCAGAAGAGCAGCAGUUGGACGGGGACGAGCCGUUUUUCGAAAAAUCCGACGAAGAGGAAGAUAUGACGUCUGUAGGCGAACGAAAUUUUCCGAGGAGUGGCGUCUCUCCCGACCUACUCGACGAAUACCAAGAAAUCAUGAACAAUCUAAGCAAGAAGUCUUCGAAAGCCACAAAGCAUCACGAAACCGCAAGUCAUCAGAACGUCGGAAAAAGAUCGGCUCUCUUUUACGACAACGACGCUUUCGACGAUUGGUUAGAUGACGAUCUACAAUCGAACAAAGCGACAAAGAAAAGAAGAACCAGCUCAUUGGAUUACGUCGUUACGUCGUCGACAAGGAACAAUACGUCGUCGAAAAAUAUAUCCCCAUCGAAGAGAUUGAGCGACGAAAACGCCCGUUUGAUAAACGAAGACUUAGAUGACGUAAUAAACGUCCCCGCGACCAGCCCGUUCAACAAACGAAACUCCUCCAUCUCCCGGAACGCCGCCAAACGAAAAAUCCAAGCGUCAUUACUCGAUUCCGGUUUCAAUAAGUCUUCUUCUAGGAGCGUCGCCGGAAAAUCCGCCUCUUCGACGUUCCAAAGGCACAGGAGCUUGGAUCAUUCGAUUAGACAAAAGAAAAUUACGUCGUUCGGAAAUAACAGGAGCUUCGCCGAAGCCGAUUCUACUGUUAGCCAGCCCGUUCAGUCGGUAACUCCGGCACAAACGAUCAAUCAAAUCCCGCAGCAGUACACCCAACCGAUCGGGAACCAGGAACACACAGCGAACGUCCCGCUGACGAGUGAUUUGAUGGUAUUCGUUGAUGUGAGAAUCGAGGGAAAAGUUUUUAGAGUGCCAGUGUUAUUAUCGCAAGUUCAGACAAACACCAUCGGAUGGCUGGCAAAUCAGGCCGCUGUGAAGUACGCCAGGAAAGAAUGUUCUAAGCCCUGUUUGGAAUUGGAAACGUCCAGCGGAGCGCUGCUGAGCGAUGACGAUCCUCUCAGCUUACUAUUUCCUCUGGGAACCAGGCAGGCCGAGACCGUCGUCGGUAGAAUUACCAAGUUGUACAUGACUCUUUUAGUUGACAGAUACAAAGAGGCGUGUUCUCAUUUGAAAGAAACCGUCAACGAAUCGCUAGCGACGCACUUAGAAGAAGUAUCCGUAAAACUGAGCGUACAAAACAAAGGAUUUACGAACAACGUUCUCGCGCCCUUAUGCAAGGCUCUCAACCAUCAAACGACGCUACUAGAGCUCAAUCUGUCCGGCAACUUCGUAGACGUCGACUGUAUGAUCAUUUUAUGCGGAUCGCUGCCCUCUUUGGUCAAUCUUUCGUCGUUAAAUUUAAGAUGCACCGGUUUAACCAGCGCCCACUUGGCUGAAAUGGUAAAAAUGUUUUCGAUAACCUCAUCGCCGAUAUUAGAGAAGUUGAAACAUUUGUAUAUCGGCGAUAAUUAUUUGAGAAACAACGCUUUUGCGCACUUAGCAGAGAUCACAAACAGUUUGCGAUUGGAGACUUUAGAUAUGCCGAACUUAGCGUUUACUAAAACAGUUUUUAAAGAACAUUUGAAUUUGAAACUGGAAUUGAAGGAUAUUUUAUGGUUGAACGUCAGCGGAAAUCAGUUCAGUAAGGCGGACGUGGAACGGAUGAUUUCUUGGACGACUGUCGGUAAAUUGAUAGAUUUAAACGUUUCUAAAAAUUCUUUGGCUAAUUUUGGACUCGCUUCGUUUCGUUCAUUGGAAUGUUUGAAUUUGUCUCGAUGUAAUCUGCAGGAUAAUGAUCUGUUCGGAAUACUCAGGGCCUGUAGCGAAGGUUCUCUGUUGAAAAUCGAUGUUUCCUAUAAUACGGAACUAACCGGAAUUUCCCUAAGAUGGUUACUGGAGCAUUCCACUUUGGAAGAUGUAAAUCUGAUUGGCUGUGAUAGAAUUCUCGAGUGUUACUCGGAAAAGUGCGGAGAUUGUAUCGAAGGAAGCAGAAAGAGAUGCAUAAAAAUAACGGCAGACUUCGAUUUAUAUAGUGCCCAAGUUGAGGAUUUAGUGAGACGGUUUAAACAUCUGUAUGAACAACCUUUCAUAGAAAAAGGAAGGAAUUUAUUAUUGUUGUGUUCUAAGGAAAUGGGAUAGAGACAUAAUGAAGUUUUAUCAAUGUCAGCAUACCAUGGAACGUCAUAUUUUGGAUUUAGCAAGCAUUACAAAAUGUUACAUUACCACAGAGUAUCCAUUCAUAGUAAAAUCGAAUGUGAAAGUCAAAAUACUUUUUAUUGUUGUAGUUAUAUAAAUAUUUUAUUUCAGUAUACUGUAGUUAUUAUUAUUAUCAUCUAAAG